AUGACUAAAAAGAAGCUCAAGAAAGCUCGGGAAGGUGAGAUGUCAACGUCACACCAGGAGAAGAGGGUGGAGGAGACUGAGGAUAAAGUUCUUCAAAUCCUGGUUGAACAACUGGAGAAGAUUUCUAAUGAUUCUCUGAGUUACUUCACAGAGGAAGAAGAUAGCCUGCUUCUUUCUAAAACCAGCAAGGACUCAGAGUUAUCAGAGUUAUCAUUUCGGAUUGUAGAAGCUUUUUCAAAUGAGGCUUCACAGGACCUGGUUGGAGAGAAACAAUCAUACACAGAAGAGACCUUAAUACACAACAGGAGAAAGGUCAUCAACAGGAUGAGGACUGUCUUUGUCCAAACAUUUGCUCGAGGGUCAAUCCUGAGCAUGAUGUGUAAAGUCAGACGCAAGCAGGCCUCCCAUCAAGGACAGGAAGUUGUGGAAUUAGACACAUCACAGCUGAUUAAGAGUGUGGAUAACCUUUUAUCAGAGGUCAUUACACAAAACGAUCAGGAUACAAGAAGUGGGUCAAGAGAGGUUUGCCUCUUUGAGACUCUUGUCAGCAACAUUUCCCACGGCAAGCUGGAAAGUUUUGCUGAGAAGCUGCAUGACACAUUGGACGACCACUUGACACCACUAGGAGUCCAAGAAGAAACAUACGAAGAGGAGAUUCAGACUGAAGUAGCCAAUGUCAUUAAACGGAUAAGGAAUUGGCUAAAGAAGCAGAUCCGACUGCACAAGACUAGGGAGGACAGUGUGAGCGUGACUCUGAGACAGGUCAAGGAAGUUGUGCUCAUUAAAUAUUCACAUCUCAGUUCCCCCAAAACUGAAGCUGAGGAUCAGACCUGCCCCACAACUGUACAAGAGAAGGUUCAAAGCCUCAAAGCUGAGAAGGAAGAAGAAGAGGCCUGCCAAGAUGAGGAGGAGGAAGAAGAGGCCUGCUUAGUUGAGGAGAAGGAAGAAGAGGCCUACACAGCUGAGGAGCAAGUAGAACAGGCUCAGGUGGCAAAAGCAUCAUGUGAAUACACGGAGUCUGUUAAAAAGAAGUGGGACCGACUGUCUUGUGAAAUCAUCGUAAAGGUGUUCUUACGCAAAGUCAUGAAGGAUUUCCGCCCCCAUGUGGAUUACAAAUCAGUGGAAGCCAGACUGUCAGACAUGCUGAUUGAAAAGAUGAUUGGUACUGACAUUAAUGUUGAUUUGAGCCUGAAAAGCAUAGAAAAGAAAUGCAAAGCUGUGUACAAAGACCUACGCAAGAAGGUUGGUGGCGGAGUUCUUUGGAUAAGUCUUUUACAGCAGAAAGAAACAGUCAUUGAGGCUGCGGCUGAGGCUCUAAAAAAGCAUUUUUCACCACCAAGACCCAGCGGCAUCCAAAAGGUCUUGAGAUGUGUAUUCCGGCCUUUCACUGCCCUCUUUAACUGUUGCUAG